CCCGAAAUAGCCCACGGGCCACUGCUGAGAAUUCCCGUUUUCCGUUGAAUUUUCAGCGAGCUCUUCCUAGAAGAAUUACACAGCGUGUUGAUGUGUGUUGUGUUGUGCUUUCUUGAUAUCUGGCUCGACGGCUCGAACGCGUGUACGUGCUAGUGACGAGGUAAGUUAUGUUUGCCUAUUACGCGUGUUACUGGGAGGAGGUUGCGUGUGUUGCAUUCACAUACUUUGACGAUAUACACGACUCUAUUCAUACAACGUAGUGAACCGGGGUGCCGUGAACCGGUAGGUAUAAACUAGAACUGGUAUUAUUAUUAUAGUGUAAGCUUCGGCUUCUGACGUUUGUCAUUGGAAAUGUGUCAUGACAAGACUGUUGUGCACAGAAACGUUAGCGUCGUUGAAAAGCAAGGUAGGAGACACAGUCUGUGUGCGCAACGACGCUAAACUUGGUGUUGUGGUGGUGUUUUUCUUAAAGAGGAAAUAUCGUGUGAAUUUAGCCGAUAAUAUUUGUUUGGUUGUAGACGGAGUUGAGUAGCGCGCUUGCACAGCAAUGAUCAAUAACACAACAGAGCGUCAUCAACGCCCAACGCAUCGUGAAGGUUAUCGGGGUCGUGGGGGUCAAGGGUCAUUCCCUUGGCCAGCCGGUUGGUAAACACUGGCAUGUUCUGACUGGGUUGGUAGCAUCUGAUCGAUGUUAAUCGACACCCUAGUUCAGUGGUUCUUAACCUGGGUUCGAUCGAACCCCAGGGGUUCGGUGAGUCAGUCUCAGGGGUUCGGCGGAGGUUAAAAAAAAUAAUUUAAAAAUCAUAUUUGAUUUUUCCUAUUAAGAAGGGUUCAAUGAAUGCGCAUAUGAAACUAGUGGGGUUCAGUACCUCCAAAAAAAGGUUAAGAACCACUGCCCAAGUGGAAGCUACCACACAUGUCAUUAGUGUAAGCUACACACAUGUCAUCAGUGGAAGCUACACACAUGUCAUUAGUUGAAGAUACACAAUAUAAUCUGUGGAAGCUACACACAUGUCAUUAUUGGAAGCAACAUGGAUGUCAUUAGUUGCAGCUACAUUCAUGUCAUUAUUGGAAGCUACACACAUGUCAUUAGUGGAAGCUACAUGGAUGUCAUUAGUUGCAGAUACAUUCAUGUCAUUAGUGGAAGCUACACACAUGUCAUUAGUGGAAGCUACAUGGAUGUCAUUAGUUGCAGCUACAUUCAUGUCAUUAGUGGAAGCUACACACAUGUCAUUAGUGGAAGCUACAUGGAUGUCAUUAGUUGUAGCUAAAUUCAUGUCAUUAGUGGAAGCUACGCAGAUGUCAUGAGUGGAAGCUACAUGGAUGUCAUUAGUUGCAGCUACAUUCAUGUCAUUAGUGGAAGCUACACACAUGUCAUUAGUGGAAGCUACAUGGGUGUCAUUAGUUGCAGCUACAUUCAUGUCAUUAGUGGAAGCUACACACAUGUCAUUAGUGGAAGCUACAUGGAUGUCAUUAGUUGCAGCUACAUUCAUGUCAUUAGUGGAAGCUACACACAUGUCAUUAGUGGAAGCUACAUGGAUGUCAUUAGUUGUAGCUCCAUUCAUGUCAUUAGUGGAAGCUACACACAUGUCAUCAGUGGAAGCUACACACCUGUCUUUUGGUGGCAACUACACAAUUCUCUUGCUACAGAAUUAAAUUUAGAGUUUUCGAUAGAGGAUGGCAUUUAAAUUUUUAUCUCCACAAUGUAUCUUUCGAAAGUCCAAACGGUUGCGCUCGACUUGGGAAGGUUCAAGAAUCUUCUACUUGCUCACCCGGUAACCAAUAAUUUUAUUUUGUGGAAGGUGGCUUUGGUAAUCGUCCGAUUUUGUAAUUAAAACCAAAAAAGGGAAAAUGGUGAGUUAAGUGAGACUUUAAACCAGGCAUUGAUCAACUGAUUUCAUAUUGUAACACUCGUAAUUAUGAAUAAUAGUUCAUGGGCCUUAAGUUCUCACCUACAGCUUAACAAGCUAGGUAAGUGGUACAUUUACUAACCUUGGGUGAGUGGUACAUUGGUUAAUCUUGGGUGAGUGGUACAUUGGCUAACCUUGGGUGAGUGGUACAUUUGCUUAUUUUAGGUGAGUGGUACAUAUGCCAACCUUGGGUGAGUGGUACAUUUGCCAACCUUGGGUGAGUGGUACAUUGGUUAACCUUGGUGAGUGGUACAUUGGUUAACCUUGGGUGAGUGGUACAUUUGCUUAUUUUAGGUGAUUGGUACAUUUGCCAACCUUGGGUGAGUGGUACAUUGGUUAACCGUGGGUGUGGUACAUUGGUUAACCUUGGGUGAGUGGUACAUUUGCUUAUUUUAGGUGAGUGGUACAUUUGCUUAUUUUAGGUGAGUGGUACAUUGGCUAACCUUGGGUGAGUGGUACAUUUGCCAACCUUGGGUGAGUGGUACAUUCUUUAACCUUUGGUGAGUGGUACAUUGGCUAACCUUGGGUGAGUGGUACAUUGGCUAACCUUGGGUGAGUGGUACAUUGGCUAACCUUGGGUGAGUGGUACAUUUGCCAACCUUGGGUGAGUGGUACAUUGGCUAACCUUGGGUGAGUGAUACAUUCUUUAACCUUGGGCGAGUGGUACAUUUGCUAAACUUGGGCGAGUGGUACAUUGGGUAACCUUUGGUGAAUGAUACAUUGUUUGACCUUAGGUGAAUGAUACAUUGGCUAAUCUUAGGUGAGUGAUACACUUGUUAACCUUGGGUGAGUGAUACAUUGGUUAGCCGAAGGUGAGUGGUACAUUUGUUAACCUUGGGUGAGUGGUACAUUUGUUAAACUUGGGUGAGUGAUACAUUUGCUAACCUUAGGUGAGUAAUAAAUUGGCUAAUCUUAGGUGAGUGAUACAUUGUUAACCUUGGGGGAGUGAUACAUUGGUUAACCUUAGGUGAGUGGUACAUCUGUUAACCUUGGGUGGGUUGUACAUUUGUUAAACUUGGGUGAGUGAUACAUUUGCUAACUUUAGAUGAGUAAUACAUUGGCUAAUUCUUAGGUGAGUGAUACAUUGGUUAACCUUGGGUGAGUAAUAAAUUGGCUAACUUUGGUGGAGUGAUAUAUUGGAUAACCAAAGUUGCGUGAUACAUUGGCUAACCUUGUGAGAUUCACACAUUGACUAACCUUGUGAGAUUCACACAUUGACUAACCUUGUGAGAUUCACACAUUGACUAACCUUGUGAGAUUCACACAUUGGCUAACCUUGUGAGAUUCACACAUUGACUAACCUUGUGAGAUUCACACAUUGACUAACCUUGUGAGAUUCACACAUUGACUAACCUUGUGAGAUUCACACAUUGACUAACCUUGUGAGAUUCACAAAUUGGCUAACCUUGUGAGAUUCACACAUUGACUAACCUUGUGAGAUUCACACAUUGACUAACCUUGUGAGAUUCACACAUUGACUAACCUUGUGAGAUUCACACAUUGACUAACCUUGUGAGAUUCACACAUUGGCUAACCUUGUGAGUUUUCACACAUUGGCUAACCUUAAGUGAGUGAUACACUGGCUAACCUUAAGUGAGUGAUACACUGGCUAACCUCAAGUGAGUGAUACACUGGCUAACCUUAAGUGAGUGAUACACUGGCUAACCUUAAGUGAGUGAUACACUGGCUAACCUUAAGUGAGUGAUACACUGGCUAACCUUAAGUGAGUGAUACACUGGCUAACCUUAAGUGAGUGAUACACUGGCUAACCUUAAGUGAGUGAUACACUGGCUAACCUUAAGUGAGUGAUACACUGGCUAACCUUAAGUGAGUGAUACACUGGCUAACCUUAAGUGAGUGAUACACUGGCUAACCUUAAGUGAGUGAUACACUGGCUAACCUUAAGUGAGUGAUACACUGGCUAACCUUAAGUGAGUGAUACACUGGCUAACCUUAAGUGAGUGAUACACUGGCUAACCUGGACGUAUAUAUCUUCCCCAGACUCUCCAGGUUGUUUUACAAUGGACAAAGUACGCAGAUACAACAUCCUUCUGGUGGGAAGGACGGGCAAUGGGAAAAGCUCCACCAGAAACUCCAUCCUCGACAGGAAGGUCGCUGAAGUACGAGACAGCUCAAACCUGGUUGUCUUCACCCUGGAGUCUGCCACACUUCAGCCCGGUGUGGAAGUGAGCGUCCUCGAAGGGCCAGGGAUCGGCGAUACCGGAGCAGACAUGGCUGGAAGCAUAGAGUCGAAUCUGAAACUUGUCGAGGAAGGGCUUAAACUGUGUGGCUUCAGGGUCGAUGCGAUAGUCGUGGUGCUUAAAUAUGGCGUCAGGUUCACCAAGCAAGAGAAAGAGGGUGUACAAAGGAUCCAGUCCAUCUUUGGGAGGAACUGCCUACAAAAAUCUGGUGUUGUUCUGAUGACACACGGCGACAACUUUGAAAUGGACACAGAGGAUGAAGAUGACAUGACGUUUGAAAAAUGGUGCGGGGAACAAUCGGGGGACAUCCAGCAGGUGUUUGAGGACUGCGCCUGGAGGCUUCUUCUGUUUAACAACCGAGCCAAGGAAAAAUCUGAAGAGAGGGCCCAACAGAGGGACCGGCUGUUGGAGAUCAUAGAUAGCAUUAAAGGCACAUACGAGAAAGAGGAUUAUACAGCAGCAGAACCCGGGCGCAAGCUGCUUGUUCUCAUCGCCCAGAGAGAGCAAAUCGAAAAAGAAACUGAAAAGUUCUUGAAAGGAGUUAACGACAACUUGGAUAAGCUUGAUGCGUCCUCUGAGCUGGACGUCCGUGACGUGGAGCGUGAAGAAACUAGCGUCAAGAGUCAUCUGAAUGAGCUGAAUGUCAAGGACAAUGGCACGGGUGUGUUAAACUCAGUUAUGGAUAUAGCUAGAAUAACGCUCUUUAGAAUACAGACAUUGAAGAGAAAGGCUUCCCUGACGCCUAGAGGGGAGCCGCCUAGAGGGGAGCCGCAUAGAGGGGCGCCGCAUAGAGGGGAGCCGCCUAGUGGGGAUGAAAUUCCAGUGGCGAAAAAGGAUAAGCCACCAUUUGGGUUUUUGGAAUUUUUCGCCAGAUGGUUUAACUUGAAGACUGGCCUGAUAUGUGUAGCUGGCCUGGGAGUCGGUCUACUCUGGCGGAGAUAUGGAGUGCGUAAACGACUGUUGUAGAGACUGCCACGACUUUCAUACAAGAUGAAAUAACCAGAUAGAAGAAAGAAGUAACUGUUGUAAAGGGGGGGGGGGAUGUUUACGGGCUAUUGGGAAGUGUUAGAUCUCAAGCAGGACGGGAACAUUAGAAUAGCCCGCUCAGUAGUACUGGCCCCCACCUCUUCCAAGUGGUUCUAAGUGUAGCUGGGAGUCGAACCAUCUUUGAGAAACUCUGUUUGAGUAAUACCCUUUAAGCUCGUGAUCGGUAACAACUUAAAAAUUAAAAAAUCGAAUUCCCAUUACUUUAGAGAAUGGAAACGCAUUGUGUAGAAAUCGCACAUGAAGUGUUGAGAGUAUUUCGCCCCAAAAAAUGUAGUACGAUCCCAUAACAUAAUUAAAUAUUAACGUAUUUUUCUAUUUUACUUAAUUUAUCAAAUAGAAUUUCGUGCAACGGAAAUAAAAAAAUAAAUCCGCCGAAAAUACAAAUUAAAUGUUUUCUGAUAGCGCAUUUAUAUUUAUGUACCGGUAUGUACAAUGCAGUUAGUAUAGAGCUAUGCAGCAUUGACGGGGUCCUAUACAGAACUACAGGUGCACAAACAGGCGAGCUUAGUCGGCCGUAUUGGUAACUGGUAACUAAAUGAAUUAUGUUAUGACAAUAGCAUACUUUAUGUAAACUUAUCCUUUUUAAAAAAAAUAUAUAUUAAGAUAAGAUGAUAAUAAAAUGAUACAAUUUGAUGUAAUGCAAUGAUUGAGGGACUUUUCGACUUAAAAAAAUAAUAGGAAUAAAUAAACUUUUGCACAAUCAUUGUUAAA